AGGAAGAAGUGAAUCACAGCCGAUGACGACGAGGGCUGCAGAUCAGCGCUCCUCACUGUCCGCCGUCAGCAGACCUUCCAAGAGUUUCUUCCACAUUUUAUACACCUCUUAAUGGAAGCCAGUUUGCAAAAAUAGUUUUUCCCCAAAUGAAUUUAAACGGAGAAUAAGUAGUUAGUUGUUGUUAUACCGGUUUUAAAACAAGAAAACAAAGUUUCGGAAGUCGAUUGCACCUUAGACGCAGAUGGCCGCUUUGAUAAGCACCUACUCUUCGUGGCCGGAGAGCUUCGAGCGCUCCCCGGCAGAUACGGAGCUGCCCGACGGACACAGCGCGCACAGGGGCACCGCAGACAAGGGCUCGGAGCCCCGCAUCAGGAGACCCAUGAACGCCUUUAUGGUGUGGGCGAAGGAUGAACGAAAGCGACUGGCGGUCCAGAAUCCAGACCUCCAUAACGCGGAGCUGAGCAAAAUGUUAGGUAAGUCCUGGAAGGCGCUGACACCCCCCCAGAAGCGGCCAUACGUGGAGGAGGCUGAGCGUCUGCGCGUGCAGCACAUGCAGGAUUACCCCAACUACAAGUACCGGCCGCGUCGCAAGAAACAGCUGAAACGCAUUUGCAAGCGCGUCGACCCAGGCUUCCUGCUCAACAGCCUGGGGCCCGACCAGAACGUGCUGCCUGACGUUCGCGCCCGUUGCCGCAUCCUGGACAAGGACGAGGAGGCCGGCUACUCGCCCGGUCUUCCCGCUAUCCGGACCUUCCGGGAGGCGGCCGGCUCCGGCUCCGGUUUUGACGCCUACCCCUACGGGUUGCCAACACCCCCAGAGAUGUCCCCGCUGGACGCCAUGGACCACGAGCACUCCUCCUUCUACUCCUCCCCCGGCUCCUCUGCCUCCUGCCCCGACGAGCGCCGUCCCAGUCCUCCCCACAUGAGCAGUGCGCCGCCGUACCACCCCGACUUCUCCCACGGGUCCCUCCACUGCAGCGGACCGCACCCCAGUCACAUGGCCAUGCCGGCGAGCGGCACCUCGCUGAUAUCCAGUGCCCCCCUGUCCUAUUACGGCUCCUCAUUUCCUCCCAUCCAGCAUGGACUCCACAGUCACCUGGGCCAGCUGUCCCCCCCUCCGGAGCAUGGCAACCUGGAGACGUUGGAGCAACUGAGCCAGGCGGAACUCCUGGAGGAGGUGGACAGGAACGAGUUCGAUCAGUAUCUGAACUCCACCGGACACCCGGAGCAAAGCAGCAUGACCAUCACGGGGCACAUCCAGGUUGCCCCGGUCUCCACGCCCCACCCUAGCAGCGCUUCCGAAACGAGCCUCAUCUCCGUACUGGCUGAUGCCACCGCCGCCUACUACAAUAACUAUGGCAUCUCUUAAACAAACAAAAUGCUCUCCAAACACUCUAACAUGAAUGAGGUCGUUUUUUUUCUGCAAUGGCUUUAAAAUCUAAACUGAACAUUAACGUUGGCCGAGAAUGACAAAAAAAAAAUGACAAAAGAGAGACAUUUAUUUAUGGACGCCUCAGGGAUCCACCGACGAACGGUGACGUCUUUCCCACCUUGGUCUCUUCCAGAGAGACUAUCUAAUGGACCAAUUUGUCUCGACUUUCUUUAACUAUUCUCAGUUUGGCAUGAACAGGUGUUUCAAAAUAAUUUAAGUAUUUCAGUGUUGCGCAUAACUGCUUAAUCUUUGUUCUUUCCUUCUUUGUUCAGAUGUUUAUGACCUUUUAUUGUAUAAAUAUAACUGAGAGUUUUACCUCAACACUGUUUUCAAAUAGUGCUGGAUCCUUACACGACUCUAAUCCAAUGGAAUGGAAAGAGAAUGUGUUUUCUGGAAGAGAACGUCUUACUUCUUGUUUUGUUGUGUUUUUGUUUUGUUUUCUUUUCUUUACUUUUGUUUUGUGUUGUUUUUAAACUGUGUUCCUUGCAUUUGCUCAUGGUGACAUUAUCAGCGAAGAUUUAUAUCAACCGAUUGCUGAAUUCAACUGUAAAAUGGAACGGACUAAAAUUAUAUUUAUAUGGAAAAGCACAGAGGAGAUAUGUGUAUAAAUAGCUCGAACUCGAAUGACAUCAGUACAUGUCAAUAUGUGGAAGUGGUCUUAAUUUAGGUGUGACGAUGCCAUACUGUACGUGUUUAAGAUAAGCUACUCCGUCCUGUAGCCGCAUAUGAAAUAUAAUAGUGUAAAUACACACUGCUGAUACUCCAAAUCUGUAAUGUGAACUCCAUCUGAAAACAUGUAUGUAUAGUGGAUGCUCUUUGUAUUCUGUGAGAUCUGUAAUAGAAUGAUGUUCCACCCAAGGAGAUCAGUGCUAAUAAUACAAUAAAGUAAAUAUACUCAA